AUGUCUGUGAAGAACGCGUAUAUCUUUGACACAAACAAAUGGUAUGCCAUCGAAGGGACGGCCGUUAGCUAUAGAUGCAAACCUGGCUUCCGGUUCGUCACCGACUCGUUUCGCACAUGUCUUUACAACUCAACGUGGGAUCAAACGGUACCCGUAUGCCGAGAAAAUAGAAAUGCCGAGAUUGAGUAUAACGAGAAUAACAUGGCGUGCGUUAUAUCCCCCGACAAUAUCCAACUCGCGAACCAAACCCUCGCCCUAACUGUUAGGCCCGAGAAUCACACGAAACACGACAUACCCGACGAUAAGCCCCUGUUCUCACGGCCCGAGCUAUUAGUGAGCUUUAAUUGGCGUGCGGCCAGCUAUUUAGCUAUAAGGGCGGCAUUGCCACAGGGUCAACUACUAUAUCCAUUCGUACACGUGAGCACCAGGGUGUACAACACGACUGUUGACAUUUCCAUAAUCAAUCCCUUAGGAUACUAUGCCAACCUGUAUAUGGGACAGACUAUAAAACAGCAAAUGUUCAACGAGGACCUGGCUCAAUUUCAUACGUAUACCAUCGAGUGGAACGAUACUCAUUAUAAAUGGAGUUUUGACUAUAAAUACUCUUAUACUGCACCAUAUAAUCCGCUUAAUAAGCCGUUUCUUGGACCCCGAGCGGAAUUGAUAACCGAGGUGAAAAUUGACAUAAAUAAAGGCGAAACGUUUGUCUCAAAUGAUUACCUGAAGUGGAAGUGUUCGGCACUUAUCAUAGAUUAUGUUCGCCUCUAUCGACGGGCUGAUGAUAAUACAGACCUUUCAUAUGAUACACUACAUGACAGCACUGCCAUCGCCCCUGAGAUUUGUAAGACUAUUAUGUAUGGUAUCGUUGGAAAGGAGCGCAUGUCUGAUACCGCAACGGAUAUACCUGGAUAUAAUACUAAUGAAGAAAAGCCGAUAUCCGCCUUAAUAUUCAUGUAUUGCAAGCAAAAAAGACUGAAACGGAUUAACCGAGAGAUGGUGUCCGAUGUUUACGACGACAACCGUAUGGAUGACUACGAAGAGUGCGACUAUAAUAUUGAUCACAAAUACGAAGAUCCAUACGAUACGAUUGGCAAUACAAAUAGUGUGGACCCGAAUGGCGCCCCAAUUUAUCUGGAAAAAACUAAUACAACUCGUAUCUAA